UUUCGGUUUCUUUGCAAUUUCUCUCAAUUUUCCCCCGAUUUCGGAAUCACCUUCUCCACCGCAAGGAACGCGACCUCGGGAAUCCAUGGCGGCGCCGCAGAACCUCGCUCGGUGAAACCCCGCCUCGAGCGCCAAUGGAGAACCGGAGGCUCGCCGUCCUCUGCUCGCAUCUACGCCCCGUCGGCUCGGGCUCCGGCUCCGGCUCCGGCGCCGCCAGGUUGUCCACUUCCGGCGCCUCGAGCGGCGGCGAUCGCGGGAAGAAGCAGCAGCGGCCUCGCGACCCCGGCGACCGGGGCUCGACCAAGGACUGCGUGUUCUGCAGGAUCACUCGCGGCGAAUCCCCCGCCUUCAAGCUCUAUGAAGAUGAAAAGUGCCUGUGCAUAUUGGAUUCGAAACCUCUGACUCAUGGGCACUCUCUGAUCAUUCCAAAAUCUCAUUACUCUUCUUUGGAAGCGACACCUCCGAAUGUGGUUGCUGCAAUGUGCUCAAAAGUUCCAUUCAUUGGCAGUGCAAUUAUGAGAGCGGCUGGUUGUGAUUCUUUCAACUUGUUGGUUAAUAAUGGUGCUGCUGCUGGACAAGUCAUAUUCCACACUCACAUUCAUAUAAUCCCUCGAAAAGCCAGUGAUUGUUUGUGGACUUCGGAGAGCUUGCGAAGGCGUCCCCUUAACUUCAACCAGGAUGCCUCUCGACUCGUCGACCGUGUGAGGGAGGAGUUGUCAACGUCAAACGUGUCUGAGGAAAGCAAGGGCCAAGAAUCUACUCUCUCAUGACAUUAUUGGGGUCAGUUUUCUUCUUUUUAAUUAUGUGCGGGAAAGAGUGUAUGAUUAGGAGGUUUGACUGUAUAGGCCAUUCUUUUGUGUACUUCUUGUGACUCAAAGGUGCAUUCGCUUUCUUGUAAAUUAUUCCCUUACAUAAGUUUGUUCCAAGUUCCUCGUUUGUAGCAUAGACACUCAAAAGGGUACAUUACAUGUGAAUCUGGUGUGAAGGGUCGUAAACUGGACUGGUAGUUUGCUUCA